AUGUUCUCAAGAAUCAAUGUUAUCAAAAAUACAGCCUUUAUACCACUCUGGAUUCAAAUGAGUUGGUAUAUUUAUGGCAGUGAUACAUUCGAGAACAAGGAUCCACACAAUAAGGCAGAUGAUAUCAUCUGGGCCAAGGCCCUUCUCACUUGCUCUUCUGGUAGCUCAAGAGAUAGUCUCCCUUCUAGCAUCGGUGUGAAGUAUGCGGGUAUACGACUCUGCGAUUACGCCAACUAA